CUAGGUUCAUUUGCUUUAAUGUAACCAUAGCGGUGGCACCAAGUUUAUAACAAUCUUCACCAAAUUGUUUCAAGAUCAUUCUUGAGAGAGAGAGAGAGAAAGAGAGAGUGGCCAUGGGAAGAGCUCCUUGUUGUGACAAAGACAAAGUUAAGAGAGGGCCAUGGUCUCCUGAUGAAGAUGCAAAACUCAAGAAUUAUUUAGCAAUUCAUGGCACUGUUGGAAAUUGGAUUGCAUUGCCUAAAAAAGCUGGCCUUAAGCGGUGUGGAAAGAGUUGUCGUUUAAGGUGGCUGAAUUAUCUCAGGCCUGACAUCAAACAUGGUGGCUUUACUGAAGAAGAGGAUACCAUCAUUUGUACCCUCUAUGCUCAAAUGGGUAGCAGAUGGUCUGCCAUAGCAUCAAAACUACCUGGGAGAACAGACAAUGAUGUAAAAAACUACUGGAACACAAAACUGAAGAAGAAUUUUAUGGCAGGAAAAGUUGGUCUCAAAUCAUUGACUGAAAAUGACAAUACUAUCCCUUCAACCCCAUCACUAACUCAAAGUUGCAACACUUUUGAUGCUGGUUAUGGAUUCAACGACAAUGAAAAAAACAUUGGUUUUGAUCAAAUUCAUGAUGUUGGUGUCUCAGAAAUUGGUGCAAGUAACAACAAUAUUGAUAUGAAUCCUAUGGUGUCAAUGUCUCAAGAUAAUUCAAGCAUUGGAGUGAACAACAAUUGUGAUCAAGCUGGUGAUGAUGAAUCUUUGGAACCACUAAUGGAUUUUGGCUUUGGAGUUGGUAGUGAUUUUGCUUCAAGUUGUUGCUUUCCUGAGUGGGUUGAUUUUAGUUAUGCUGACAUUAAGACAAAUUGACUCAUUCAAAAUGUUGCAUUGUCUAGUUCUCUAGUAAACAUGGGAUUACAUUACAUAGGUGACAUAUUUUAGUUUUGCUAAGUAUUAAAUUUAAUGUUUCUUUCCUACCAAUAAGUGAUAAAUGUUUUGAGUCUCUUAAGUAGGUGGUCAGAGGUCGUGCAGGUUCUUCAACAAAAUUUAUUCAUCGUUAGCGGUGAAAACUUGAUAUUAUAUUAUGGUAACAAUUAAAAUUGAAUAUCAGUAUAUUGUUUAUUGUGUGUUA